UUUUUUCGGUGUACGAUUUGUAAAUAGUGAUUUUUUUUACUUUUUAUUUUCACCCACAAGGCGCGUACUGGACUCCAAUCCCUGAGAUGAUGGAGACAGCAGCGUUAGUGGCGCCCAUCACUGCUCUGGAGUUCCUUCAGGAUUCACUUCUAUUGGCUGGUGAGGGUCCAGUGUUGACGGCAUACAGUCUUCAGCCUAAACCUAAAGCAUGUAUGUCAAGGGCUGUGCUCCAACAUUACCGCAUCCACGGGAUAAGACCACGAAUCUCGUCAACGCCACAAAGCUCUGAUACCGAAACCAAUGGUCUUAUCUCCACUGACCUCGCUGUGUUUGGUGGGAAAGCUGUCCGACUGCUGAGACUCUGUUGGGAUGUCUCUGCCGUGCAGCAUCCACACGUGGAUAUACUGGGCCCCCUCGUGGAGCUACAAGACUGGGCCCUGGAUGUCCGCUGGCUAUGUGACAGCAAACAGCCUCUCCUGUGUGUGGCUGUAGCCCAUAAUGCUGCUCUGCUCCUGGACAUGGACACAGGAAGUGCCUUGGCUCAGUGCUCCUGUCUGGAAAGCUGUCUGCUGUACUCUGCCCUGCUCGUAGUGCACACAUGUUGGCAUGACACCAUCCUGGUUGGAGGGACUGUUUUCAACCAGCUGGUUCUCUGGAAGCCUGGCAGUCAAGAAAGUGAGCACAAAGGUCAAGUUGAAAGACGUCUGCUGGGACACAGCGGCGUGAUCUUCAGCAUCUCUUACCUGCAGGAGAAAGGAUGGCUGGCCUCAGCUUCGGAUGACCGCAGUGUGAGGGUGUGGGCUGUGGGAACUUUAGGGGGCGUAGGAGGGAGCUGUGGAGACCUGAACGCGACUUGUUUACGAGUCCUUUUUGGACACCAGGCAAGGGUAUUCUCUGUGCGUCUGUCCCAGAGGAGAGUGUUUAGCGCGGGAGAAGACGGAGCCUGCUUAGUGUGGGACUUGGCGGGAGGCGGGACAGUGGUUCGCACCUUGAAAGGGCACAGAGCAGGCGGGAUUCGGGCGCUCGCCGUCGCGGAAAGAUGGGUGGCAACUGGGGGAGCGGAUGGAGGGGUUAGAUUGUGGAAUGUGGAGGAAACUGACGGUGGAGAAAUGCUGCAAGCAGAGAAGACGACUGAUCUGGAAUUUUCCGGUGAAGGUUCACCUAAAGUUGUUUGUCUUCUCGAGGACGAGGAUGAUGACACAAAGUGGAGUAAGUGUAAGAUGGCGGUUUGUACUGACCAAGGAGUCGUUUACCAGUAUGGCGAUGGCGACUGGGAGUUGCUAUGGCGAGGAACUCCUGUGUUUCAAUCCUACUGUGUGAUGGAGACAAUCUCUGUUCCGGUGAAAGACUCAAGAAUAAGAGUUAAUUUAUGUGCUGUCGGCAGUCUCAAUGGAGCCUUAACGGUCUUUUUGAGCACUCAACCUCAGAAUGGCGUUCUCCUUCAAGCUGGUUCAGGCAAGAUCCACAGUCUUACCUGGCAAACCAGCGAUAAAGACACGUAUUUGCUGGCGUCCGGUGCCGAGGGACGCGUCUAUCGCUGGUGUGUUGAUGUCACAACGAGCAGAAAUGGAGACCAUAGUUCUUUGGUUCUUGGGGUAAAUCAUCUCCCUUCGUUUGUGCUACCGCCAUGUGCCAAACGAUGGCUGACGGCCGCAGUGCGACUCCAUUCCCAGGCACAGGGGGCGCUGUGGGUGUGCGGGGACAGAAGAGGGUCCCUGCUUUUGUUUCAGGACAGAAAAACUGACAUAAUAAGCGAAGGUUUGACGGCGUUAAGCUGCUUGUUUGGUGUCCACGGUAAACAGGGAGUAACGUCCGUGUGCGAGUAUGAUGGACUUCUGUACAGCACUGGGAGGGAUGGUUGUGUGCGUGUUUUUAGGGUGCAGCAAAUACCUCAAGAAGCACAUGAAGGAAGUGGUCAAGUCGGCAUUCAGCUGCAGGUUCUGAGAGUCCAACGAGCCUGCAAAGGUAUGGAGUGGUUAGAGAAGGUUCUGAUUAUGAAACCGACAAACGCUGAGGAAGAUAAAUUCAUAAGUGAAAGUGAAAACCAAAAUAGGACACAAGAGUGUCUGGUAGAAAAGCCAGAAGAUGGCAGAGAGUUGAAGAGGGAGGAUAAGGGAAGAGAAGCCCGCUUUGUCAUCUUCGGCUUCCACGCUUCCCAUUUUGUGGUUUGGGACCCGGUGAAACGAGAAAGGCUGCUGGCAGUGCCUUGCGGUGGUGGACAUCGCUCCUGGAGUGUCUGGCCGACCCGCAAAGAGAUCUGGCCCGGGUACGCUGCUCUGGUCUUCAUCAAGCAGGGCUCGGUCCUGGCUUCAGAGCCUCCAGGGGAGCCGCCGAGCUGGGUCGCAGCCAGGACUGAAGGCUGGAGCCUGAGAGAGGGCAUCCAUGGGAGGGGGAUUGGUUGCGUUUGCAGGCUGGGGAGCGUAAAGGAGUGGGAGAUAAUCGUGACGGGCGGUGAGGACACCAGCGUGACCGUCCUGGCCGUGCACCCCGACUCCGGCAGCGUCAAAGUCCUCUCCGUUAUCACAGACCACAUCUCGAGCGUCCGCACCAUGGCAGCGCUCGCUCAUCAGUCGCAGUCCCUCACCGCGUUGCUGGUGUCAGCCAGCGGGCGAGCUCAAAUGCAGUGUUACCGGCUGUACUUCGUUUGGGACGAGCAGACUCUGUCGCCGUCCUGCCAGGUGGUGCAAGUGGCCCGUCACCGAUUGGACGAGCACUGGGAGAAGAGGCGGAACAGACACAAGAUGGUGAAAAUGGACCCAGAAACAAGAUACAUGUCGAUGUCCAUGGUGGAUCACAACCACGCCUGUGUUCUUGUGGUUCUUGCAUGCAGUGACGGUGCAGUCAGAUUGUUCUCAGUCAGUGAAGCCAAACACCAAAUAGAUUUGUUAUGGGAGACCUUUCACCACCAGCGAUGUGUGCUCAGUGUCGCCACCUGUAGCCUGGAGGAUGGAAAAGGGAACAGUUAUGUGCUCCUGUUCAGUGCAGCAACAGAUGGACAAAUCGCCGUGUGGGACGUGACCCGAACAAGCUCGUCUUCAUCCUGUGGCUCUUCAAGUGGUUCUCCGACUCCACCAACCCCCUGCCUCAUCAUCGCCGCCCACCAGAGCGGCGUCAACUCAUUGGCUGUCUGGGCGGGCACAGACCAAGAUGGCGGUUGCCUGGUAACUGUUUCCAGCGGAGGGGAUGACGGGCAGCUGACAGCUUUCAUCAUCAGGGUGCAGUACCCACAAGAGGAUGACAGGACUGGGGGAUGUACCCCUCUUUGUCUUCAUCUCAUCUCCCAGUGGAAUGUGCCUCUGGCCCACGCUGCACCUCUGACCUCCCUGAAGUUCCUAAAACCUGACCUGAUAGUCACGGCCUCCUGCGAUCAGAGGAUUUGUAUGUGGAAGCUCUGCAGCACCGGCAUCAGCCACAGCGGGGCGCUGUUCUCCCAUGUUGCUGAUGCUGCAGGGCUGGCAGUGUGGGAGAAGCAGGAAAAUGAUCAAAAAAGUAAGAUUGUCCUUUGUGGAAGGAUGGAGAGUCAGACAUGCCUAGAAGGAGAUGAGUUGGAGACGGCUGGUGGGCGGGGCUUGAAGAAGCAGGAAGUAACGAAUGAAGCAACCAGGAAGACAGUGGGAUCAAUUUGGACGAUUAACGAAGAAAACACUGAAGUUGCUUCCUGGGAGGAAAAGAAAGCGAUGGGAGAAAGGACGGGAUGGGUGCUGGUCUGUGGUCAAGGCCUCCAGCUGCUGAAAGUUACAAAUAAACAUCAUGGACUCGUACAAAAUGAGGAAAAGCGUGAAGCAUGUAGCUUUACUUUAAGUGAAUAGAAGUUAAGUUAAAGUUAAAGUACCAAUGAUUGUCACACACAUACAAGGUGUGGUGAAAUGUGUCCUCCGCAUUUGACCCAUCCCCUUGUUCACCCCCGGGGAUGUGAGGGGAGCAGUGAGCAGCAGCGGUGGCCGCGCCCGGGAGUGAUACAAUUUUUUUU